CAUAGAUCUGAUAAAGAGGUAUCAUAUUUCUACAGAUCUGAUGACUCCAAUAUAUAGAUCUUAGACAAAGAUGUUGGAUUAGAAGUUGGGGACCCCAAGUUUCUUCCUUCUUCUUUUUGAAAUUGAAGAAGUUGGCGGAGGUGACGGUGGAGCAGCAAAGCUGCCGGCGAAGGUCACACCGUAGAGCAGCGAUGAGACGACGAGAGGUAUCGGUGGAGCAUCAAGGCAGCCUUCUGAUACUAUCCGGUUGCUUGUGCGUAUUUUCUGGCAAGUAGGGAAGAGUGGGGGACCAAAGAAGUGAGGGGGUGGAGGGCAUUUUGGGAAAAUCAACUACAUUUACACUUUUUCUUAAUAUGCGUGCCCGGUCAAACCGGAAAGUUUAAUUUUGGACGGAGGGAGUAAGUGAUACACAAAUCUAGAUAUACACCCCCCUGCUUUAUUCUUUUUACUACUCGGCAAGCACUAAAUAUAUAGCCGUCAAGGCAAAAUGAAGGAGGCAAUAUAAAUAUCACAACAAUACUCAAAACUUCUAACCAUUGGAUUAGUUCACUAUUUUCAGAGCAAAAUGAAAGUGGGAGGUGUUGAGCUGGUCUUCAUUCCCGCCCCUGGAAUGGGCCACCUUUUCUCCGCCGUCGAAAUGGCAAAGCUCCUCCUACACAAAAACCGCCGUGACGAUCUCUCCAUCUCCCUCUUGAUCAUGAGAUCCCCUUUCGAUUCCAAAGUUAACUCUUACGUCGAAUCUCUUGCCACCGCCACAGACGACGGCCCAUCGCCGUCCAGAUUGAAGUUCGUGCUGCUCUCAGCUCCGGCCAUGAAUAGUGACCCCAAGAGGAAAAAUCCUUUCCGUUCCUUGAUCGAUUCUCACAGGCAGAGCGUGAGAGAUUGGAUUAACGAAUUCCGGACGAGUAGCUCCGGCCCCUCCUUCAAGCUCGGCGGCGUCGUUGUGGAUAUGUUUUGCGUGUCCAUGAUGGAAGUCGCCGACGAGUUCGGGAUUCCGAGUUACGUGUACUACACCUCCGGCGCAGCCUUCCUCGGCCUCCACCUCCAUCUCCAGAGCCUCAGAGACUGCUGCGGCGUGGACGUCACCGAGUUCAAAGAUUCCGAUCCAGAUCUGAAAGUGCCCACUUACACUAAAACUUUUCCGGUGAAGCUUCUGCCGGGAGUAAUUUUGGAAAAGGACGGAGGGUCGGACGUGUUUCUGGAUGUUGGGAAGCUAAUCAGAACGGCGAAGGGCAUAAUUGUAAACACAUUCUUCGAGCUUGAGGAACACGCGCUCGAGACCUUGUCCAAAGAGGAAUCGGAGCUCCCACCCUUGUACCCGGUGGGACCCGUUCUGAACCUGCAAAGCGAUAAGAUCGGAGAAUCGGAAGAGAUUUUCGGAUGGCUCGACAACCAACCGGAAUCCUCCGUUGUCUUCCUCUGCUUCGGAAGCGGCGGAAGUUUCCCGGAGCCGCAGGUGAAGGAGAUCGCUCGCGCGCUCGAGCGCAGCGGCCACCGGUUCCUGUGGGCCCUGAGGCGUCCUCCGGCCAAAGGAUCUUUCUACCCGGGAGACUACAGCAGCGUGGAGGAGGUCCUGCCGGAAGGAUUCACGGAGAGGACAAAAUCGACCGGGAAAGUGAUCGGAUGGGCGCCUCAGGCCGCCGUGCUGGCCCACGCAUCAGUGGGGGGAUUUGUGUCGCACUGCGGGUGGAAUUCGACCCUGGAGAGCGUCUGGUUCGGGGUUCCAAUGGCGACAUGGCCGAUUUACGCGGAGCAGCAGGCGAACGCGUUCGAAAUCGUGACGGAGAUCGGAACAGGAGUGGAACUCAAGAUGGACUACAAAAAGCCAAUGAUGGGGGAUCCAGAUCAGUUCCCGGAAACGGUGGAUGCGGAGACGAUAGAAGCCGGGAUCAGGAAGCUAAUGGACGACGGCCCUGCUGCGGCGGCGGCAAGGAAGAAGGCUAAAGAAAUGAAAGAGAAGAGCAGAAAGGCAUUAGAGGAGGGCGGGUCGUCCUCUAAGUUUCUCCAAGCUUUCGUUGACCAAGUCUUUAUCAACCAGUAACGAAUCGAAUGUACCAACACCAAUGGCGUCCUCGUUAUCUUUACCUUUCCAUAACCCAAACCCAAUUUGUCAUUUCCACAUGGUCCUUCAAAGGAAUAUUACCCCUUUCUAUUAUUUGAGAAUAAAUUUAUUUUGAAUCCAAAUAUUGUAACUCUUCAAAAAAAAAUAAUAAAAUUUCCUCAGUACAUAAAUUAUGCUUUUAUUCCACUUAUAAGAUUUCUAAUGUAAUAAUAUGAUUAGUAAUAU